CCGGUGUCUAGGGGAGUCAGCCCAGGACUCCAUUCUGUCGCAGGCAUAGGGGAGUCCACGAUGGUGCCUUUUGGGGGGUCACAUGCAACGGUCCCCGAGGCAAGGUCAUAUUCAAGUUUGGGGGGAAGAGUUUGCCCCUUCAUUCUUUCGGUCUCUCUGUAGAACCAAAAACCUCGGUAAAUUUGCGUCUGGCCUUCGGAACAGAGUUACAGUUUGGAUGGGAAACCACUGUUCUGGCCCAGCUUAGAGAAGAGUCUUUGACAGGCAAGUCGGAAUGGUUCCCAUAGCCUACCUUGCAAAACGCCUCCGAUUCACAGAAUUUGCUUUGUAAAAGUAAGACAUGCAUGCUGAGCUGCCGGGUGAAGGGGUUGGCAGGUGAAAGAACUUACCUUAGCAGAACAUACAACUGGAGGGCCAGGGUGGUGAUCCCAAAGAAGAACACAGUCACUUGGCUGCGUGGGACACGACAACAAGGGAGGUGUCAGAGUUUUCCAAUUAGAUCAACAACUUCAAAUUGUUAGCAUGGAAAAUUCAGAGAAGACAGAAUUGGUUCUCCUUGCUUGUGGUUCCUUUAAUCCUAUCACCAACAUGCACCUCAGGUUGUUUGAACUGGCCAAGGACUACAUGAAUGGAACAGGAAAAUAUAAAGUUAUCAAAGGCAUAAUUUCUCCUGUCGGCGAUGCCUAUAAGAAGAAAGGACUCAUCUCUGCCCAUCACCGAGUUUUCAUGGCACAACUUGCCACCAAGAAUUCAGAAUGGGUGGAAGUUGAUACGUGGGAAAGUCUUCAGAAGGAGUGGGUAGAGACUGCUAAGGUGCUAAGACACCAUCAAGAAAAGCUGGAGGCCGGUAGCUGUGAUCACCAGCAGGGCUCACCUGUGCUGGAAAGGCCUGGACGGAAGAGGAAGUGGGCUGAACAAAGACAAGAUUUUAGUCAUAAGAAAUCCCUAGAGCCAAAAACAAAAGGUGUGCCAAAGGUAAAGCUGCUGUGCGGGGCAGAUUUAUUGGAGUCCUUUGGUGUUCCCAAUCUAUGGAAGAGGGAGGAUAUCACCCAAAUUGUGGGAGACUAUGGGCUCGUAUGUAUUACUCGGGCUGGAAAUGAUGCUCAGAAAUUCAUCUAUGAGUCCGAUGUGCUGUGGAAACACCAGAACAACAUUCACCUGGUGAAUGAAUGGAUCACCAAUGACAUCUCAUCCACAAAGAUCCGGCGAGCCCUCAUAAGGGGCCAGAGCAUUCGCUACUUGGUACCAGAUGUUGUCCAAGAGUAUAUUGAAAAGCAUAAUUUGUACAGCUCUGAGAGUGAAGAGAGGAAUGUUGGGGUUAUUCUGGCUCCUUUGCAGAGAAACAUUGCAGAAGCUAACUCAUAAGAAAUUCUAUAGCCUGGUAUUUUGGACUUACUUUUUGGGAAUUUGAAACAAUCUGGGUGUUUGUAACUGGGGAAAGGAAUUGUGAUCCUGUUUCAUAAACUAAAGCUUAAAAGUUUGGUAAAAAAAAUCAGUAGUAAAUGAAAAUCAGGCUUAUCUUGUCAGAAUUUGCUAAGAUGAAUGUUUUCAGUAUGGUCUUUUUUUUUUUUCUGUAGAGGGUGCGAAUCCUUUUAUCUUUAAAACGAGAUUAGCAGCACUAAAACCAGAACGUUCAGUCUAACUACAAAUAAUAAGUCAAAAAGGACAUCCUGGCUUUACCACAUAAGAGAAACAAAAUGUGAAAAGCAAGAGUCCAUUUAAAAUCCUAACUUGAGCUAUGAAGGGAACUAACACUUGAUGCUUGCCUAUUUCUGGGCAGUCUUCACUGAGGGUGGCCAAAGAAGUAAUUCUUAAAACAGUGAUUUUGUAAAAUGCACCACUGAUCAAGUCAUCUCCAGCUGGGCAAAAUACAGGUUGUGAAUAUGCCUGGUAGGAACUUUGUGCCAAUAGUUCAUUCUCUCUGGCACACAUCAGAAUGACCUAUUAAGCUUUGCCAAGACACACCUGCCUGGAGCUCCACCUUUGGAGGUAGGAAGAGGGAUCCAAGCCCUCAAAUGUUUAGAAAAGUGUACAGGUGUUUCUGAUGCCAACCAGAGGUGGAGAGCCUCUGCCUUACACGUUAUACACGUCUCUUAGCACAGCCCUGUUGUGUCUCAUGUUCUUGCCCUGGCCAUCCGCUGUCUUUUUAUUUUCAGGAACAACUCCAGAGACAUCAUGCUACCUGGAACAGAGAGAACCACAGAGAAUGAGAGAUCUCAUUCAAGGAUUUUAUUAAGUAUGCAUGCUC